UAUUUGCACUCUAUUGAGAAUUUUUUCACUCAUCAUCGCAAUGGAAAAUUGUGUAGGGAAAAGAGGAAAUUCCAGUGGAAAUGGGAGGAAGAAGAGACAAGUAAAGUUCUGUGCAUCGCUGACGCGCUAUCAGGCGGUGAUUCGGGUGGCGAAGGAUAUGGGAUUCCGCCUGGUGGACACUGACCAGGCGUGGAACAUUCUGUGGGCGGAUGGACCUCUGUCGCCGGAUCUCGUGCGGCAAAUUAAGCCUUCUCAGAGUGUCAAUCACUUCCCGGGCAUGCAAGAGCUCUCGAUGAAGCGCUGUUUGGCCAGGAAUCUCAACAGAAUGGCCAGAUUCUUCCCCGAUGACUACGACAUCUUCCCUCGCACUUGGUGUCUUCCGCUGCAGCUUAACGACGCUCAGGAGUACAGCCGCAGUCGCCCGUCGACGGUGUUCAUCCUGAAGCCGGAUCACGGGUCGCAAGGAAGAGGAAUCCGCCUCUGUCGGAACCUGAGAGCCACUUCCAUGACGCAGGAGAAAGUUAUCUGUCAGGAGUACGUGAAGAAUCCUCUCCUGAUCGACGGUUACAAGUUCGACAUGAGAGUUUAUGUGCUGAUUAUCAGUAUGGAUCCGCUGAAGGUCUUCGUCUACAACGAAGGAUUGGCCAGAUUUGCCACGAACAAGUAUCAUCAGCCCUCGAUCAGCAACAGAGGAGACAUCUUCAUGCAUCUGACCAACUAUUCGCUGAACAAGAACAGCCAGAACUUCUGUUCGGACAAGGAAAGUGGAAGUAAAAGAAAUUUCACUGUACUUAACAAAAUUCUUCAGACCAGCGACAUUAAUGUGCAGGAGUUGUGGAACAAAAUUGACGACGUCAUCCUCAAGACGAUUUUGAGUGCUUACACGACUUUGAAGCACAUUUAUCGUGCUACAUUUCACCAGCAUCGCUCUGGAUGCUUUGAAGUUCUGGGCUUUGAUAUUCUCAUCGACAAGAAGUUGCGGCCAUUGAUUUUGGAAGUCAAUCAGAGUCCCAGUUUUCAUACAAAUGAAGAAGUUGAUCAGGAAGUGAAAGAAUCUCUGAUAAGGGAUACUUUUCGCCUUGUCCUGUCGGCGAAGAGGAAGUGUGGUAAUUUUCGGGUAUUGUGGCCAAAUACUGAGAAGGAAUCCUACACUAAGUACUUAGAUCAUCCCUCAACCUUGUUCGCCGCGACUAAAAAUGCCCAGAUUCGUCAGGAGAUUAACGAAAACGCCCUGAAUAGUGUUCAGAAAACUCCUGAGACGAAGAUUGUGGUGAAGAUGCCGGAUUGCAGGCUCUAUAAUGAUUGGCAGCCGAUGCAAUUGGAUGAUAUUCGCUCUAAAGAUCACAAUAGAGUCUAUUCUCUGGCCCAGAGAGAGACUCUGGUGAAGCUCAGCGGGAUUCAGAGCAUCGUUGUGUGGAACUUCUUCGAGAAGAAUCUCCUCACAUGGAAUGAUCGCAUCAAAUUUCAGCCUCUGAUUGAGAAAUUCGAGUCCAGCGAUGAGGCAAUUGAUCUCCACUUUUUGGACAUCAGUUCCGCUCAGUUGGUCAAGAUGCCACAACUGCCGGGCGUCCGGAAGAAUCGCACGACGAUGCUGAGACAGAUUUCACACACAAUCGAAGCAAAUUGAGAAGAGCGAUGAAAAUAAAAUAUUAAUAAAAUUACACAACAGGUUUAUUUAUUAUUAAAUCUAUUUCUUGCAUAUUCACACGCUCACGAUCUCGCUCAAAAACAUCUUUGUUGAUCUUUUGUAUAAUUUUGCAGAGGUAUUUUUUCUCGUUUGAUGAAUUGAGGGGUUGAAAA